AUGGCAAACGGAGCUCUCCCACAGACUCUCAAGUCUAUCACUGCCACGAAAAUCAGUGAACUCUCCAAGCAACGCGCCCUAUUUGAUCAGCGCAAAACCGAAAUCCUUGCAGUUGCCAACGCAGCCCCAGAUCUGCGCACCCAUGCUCAGGCUUUGCUGGAUGGAAUAUCACGCCUGAAAGGAUACCCCAAGGAUUCGCUCGACAAAGAUGACCUGGAUCUAGAUGCCGAUUCCUCGGACGAGGAAUCUGAAGACACACUCACUUCACGAGGAGUCGGUCGCUUGCAGCCAGCAGAUCAUACAAACAUUCGUCGCUUUCUUCUACAAAGUCGUCACGACCCUUCCAUCUCCCAGCCAGCUCUACAGGAUCGUAUCACUCAACUUGAAAAGGAGUUGCGGUAUCUUGAGAUAAAGCAUGAGCACGGUGCUUUCUAUAGCAAAUUGGUUACAGAGUGGUUGUCGGAGUUAGAUGGAAGCAUUAAUCCCACUGUGGAUGAACCCAAAUCCACUGACUCCGACUCGGACUUCGAAAAUGUCGGGCGGGCAGAAAUGCAUGAGCAACGGGCGACUUGGGAGUCCUUGGUGUUUACUGCUGCGACCAAUGUCAACGAAGACGCAAUCCGAUCCUACCUCAAUGAUCUCUUCACCCAGACCAAGCUUUCUCAACAGGCACUCAAGGAUCUCCGAGCAAGUAUUCAAUCGUUUGGAACAGAACUAUCCUCAAAGGGUGAGUGGCUCGAUGUGGACGAACUCAAGUGGGUCUCUAGCGCACUGCUCAAGACCGAUCUCCUCAGCGAUGAAAAGACAGCCAUUCUGAAAGAGUUCAUGCGGAACAAAGAGGUUGCCCAGGAGGUGGCAGAUGUGCUCAAUAUGCGCAUUGCCUCACUUGAGAGCUGGACCUGGACCGGGGACGCAGAUGGUAUCCCCGUCGAAAUGCGCCGUCAGCUCAAUGGUAAAUACCGGGUUUUCAUGGAUGAAGACCUUCUCGAUGCCCUUCUUCUACAGUACAUCGGGACAAAGUGGGCUGUGAAGCUGCGGAAGGUAUUUGAAAAGUUCCUACGUUCCAACGCCUGGAAGACCCUGCAGGAGGAUAUCCCUGAAGAUCACAAGGAAAUGCGCAAGUACUUCCUUGGCCGAGACGCCAACUCGGACUCCGGCAAGCUCAACGAGAUUCGAAGGAAGACAUACAGCGACGAAUAUUUCAUGAGUCAACUGCCCACUUCAACCGCUGAAGGUGCACGGGAAUACGAUUACUCUGGGUCCAAACAAAAAAACGCCCUGGAUACCAAGCACUCCCUUCUACAUCUUCUGAUCACAGAAUCUAUCAUCCAUAAGCAUCAGCGCGGGGACUUUACUGCAGUCCGGUCGGACUUUGAGUGGUUCGGCCCUUCAAUGCCCCAUGCCACAAUGCUCACCGUGCUGAAGUUCUUUGGGGUCUCUGACCUGUGGAUCAAGUUUUUCGUAGUGUUCCUGGAGGCUCCGCUCAAGUUUUCCCACGAUGGAGCUGAGGGAUCUAUUCACAUCCGCAAACGUGGCCUUCCAAUGAGCCAUACACUGGGUGAUUGCUUCGGAGAAGCCGUUUUAUUCUGUAUGGACUAUGCAGUGAAUCAAGCUACCGACGGCGCCUUUCUGUACCGCCUCCAUGAUGACUUCUGGUUCUGGGGAGCAGAGAAUACUUGCGUCAAGGCAUGGCAGGCAAUGGAGCAGUUUAGUCAGGUAAUGGGUCUGAAAUUCAACACGGAGAAGACCGGAACUGUGAAGAUGGGCCUGGGUGUCACUCCAACAGAGUCGGUUCUUCCCAUCGGUGAUAUCCGCUGGGGCUUCCUGGUUCUAGAUGCGCAGCAAGAGAGAUUUAUUAUCGACCAGGCCCAGGUCGACCAACACAUCGAAGAGCUUUCACGACAGCUUUCUUCCUGCAAAAGUCUGUUUGCUUGGGUACAGGCAUGGAACAGCUACUUCGGCCGCUUCUUUACCAACAAUUUUGCAAAACCAGCCAUUUGCUUCGGUCGGGACCAUAUCGACAUGGCCAUUUCCACCCUGAGCCGCAUCGAGAGCACACUCUUCAACAAAACCUCAGGUGACAAAACCCCAUCGGAUCAAAUCAACGGUGUCACUGCCUAUCUACGCACUGUGAUCGCAGAUCGGUUCGAUAUCCGUGAUCUGCCCGAUGGAUUCUUCUAUUAUCCCAUUGAACUCGGCGGUAUGGGGCUUCUCAAUCCCUUCAUUAGACUGCUCGCCAUGCGUGAAAACAUAAAACAGACUCCCCGGAAGUUACUGCACAAGGCCUCGCUGACGGAUGAGAAAGAAUACGAGGCGGCCAAAGAAAAGUUCAAGAAAGACGGCGCUGAUGUUAGCAGCCAAUUUUGGAGCAAAUGGGGCGGCAAAUCGAAGCCAUUCAUGUCCCUAGAAGAGUACACUAGGUAUCCGGAAACAUUCAGUCCCUCUCUUGUGGACGUGUACAGCCAACUUACCGAUGUGCCGAGCGAGAGGAGCGUCGCUCUGACUUGGGGCUUUGAAAGGGAGCAAUAUUCCCUUGAUAAAACCUCUGCAGGCUCUAUCUCUGCUUUCUGGGGCGGAAUGUCGCCCUACUGGCAAUGGGUGGCGGAGUUGUAUUACGAAGAGAUGGUUCGUACCUACGGUACCCUGGCUGCUGUGAAUCGCGAGUUUAUGCCCCUGGGUGUUGUGAAGACCCUGCAGGAGGGUAGAUUCAGAUGGCAGGGCUGA